UCAUGUGUAUGAUGCUGUUUGAUUUCUGAAGUUCGCUAUUGCUCAUUUUUCUUGCAAUUUGGUAUCGGAGUUGUGGUACGAUUGUGUAUAGUUUUGUAGCUUAUGAGCGAAUGGGAUACCACUAGCGAGGACGAUAGGAUCUUGCGAUCGACUAGACGCCCGAUAGCCCACUUGGCCUUUGGACCAGAGGGUGACAGGUUACUGUUCCGCCAGCUUAGGGAGAGGCAGCAGCAGCAGUGGAGAGCUAGGGCAGCAGAGGCCAGCAGGGCGUUUGCAAGCGAAGCCGCUGCUUCAGCUGCCAUGGCAACUGCUGUGCAGCAGAGUUCCCAGGCCAGCAGUUCAGGGACCGUCGGGUCAAUGAUUGCGCAGACCUCGAGCCAGUCCAUUGGCGUUAUGGCAAGCCAGCCAAUAAUGUUGACCCCUGAACAGGUCGCCGUACAGCAAGCACUGCAAGAGGCACAACUAAAGAAGGCUCUAGGAGAGAUAAAGGCAGAGAAGGAAAGAAUGACCCGUAGAAGAGUCGGGUUAGAGCGGAGACAAGAGGACGUUAGUGAGUUAGAGGGGAUGGAUUUGACAUGCAUGGAUGAUGAUGUGAGGACCCUGCGUGCCGUCCUGCUAGAUGUAGUAGAAAUGCAAGACCACCAGACGAGUCUCUUACAGGAUAUCCAGCAGAGUCUGGCUGUAUUGGUUGGGCGAGCGCAGGCAGCCCCAUCGCCGUCCGGGCCCGGUGCCUGGCUCGUUGUACAUCCUCCUCCUUUUGUCCCACCGGUGACUGGGGUAUCCCCAUAUGUCUCUCUAGCAUCGGUCCAAGCCGCUUCCCUAGGUAUGUCGCAAACAGGAGGGGACAAGAGGGUCGAAGACCUCGACACAUGGUUGAGGUCAGUGCCAGUUUAUGUCAAGUGUAAAUUGACCUUGCCGCUCGAGGAAAUGCUUGUGGCUGCCUCCUAUUUAGAGGGGAGUGCAGCAAGAUGGUUGAGUGGUUUAGUGCAGUUACAGGGAUACGAUCAUGACUUCCACGCUUGGGCAGUCAACCAGAAACUGAAUGACUUCCUCAAGCUGGUGGAAGAUAGGUGGCAUGAUCCUCAGGAGGCUCAAAAGGCCACUGAUGCGAUCCUGACUCUGAACAACAGGCAGUUCAAGUCAGUAAGGGAGGCCACGGACGCAGUAGAGCGUCUGAUCUGUGUUCCUGGAGUGCGCUACGACCCCCAGGUUUUACUCACCUCAUACUUGAGAUGUUUUCCUUUGCCUCUUAGGAAUCAGUUGGCAGGUGAGGCCAACAUCAAUAUGCACAAUUUCCCCUCGUUCAGCAAGAAGGCCCUAGACCUAGAAGCAAAGAUAGGGCAUGGACAUACACCCACGAUGAACAGAAGGAAGAAGUCGCUGCCUCCCAACUGGAAGGCGAAGGGCCGCAUCAUGUUCGUCGAUAACGAUGGUUCUACCAUCGAGUUAAAAGACGACUUCGAGGCGGGAGUGGGUUCAAAGGCAGACAGGGGGUGGAGUAGUCGCUGCUUCAAUACAAAAGGUAAGGCGACCGUAGACGCCGUGGAGGCUCCCGAUCUAGGAGUCAAGUUGACCCUAACGCCUCCAUGGGAGAAAGUGGGUCUUAGUGAGGACGUGUGGAGAGACCGAUAUACCCGACAGGCUUGUAUCCGUUGUGGCCAAUAUGGCCAUAACCAGUUCAAGUGUCGUAACACAAAGACCUUGAAGUGGAUGAGAACCCAUCCUGUGCUCUCUGAUGCGCUGAAACGCUGGAUCGAAGUCAUUGAGCAGUAUAACUUCGAGCCCCAGUACCUCAAAGGUGAGUACAACAAAGCUACUGAUGCGCCGUCACGUAGGCCAGAUUUCUCCGGUGCGUUGAUCACCGAAUUCGGGAUUGCGGACGAUUUUACGCGCUCUUUGGUGGAAGCCUAUCGCGAGGACCCAUUUAUGGCUGAGAUCAUACGCAGACUCAAGACGAAGGUCAAAACGACUCCUGCUGAGUUUGAGUUGGUCAACGACCUACUAUUCCUUGAGAAGGCUGGGAAUAAACGUCUGUGUGUGCCUAACCGUGAGUCUUUGCGUAGUUUAUUUUUAGGUGAGUGUCAUGAUGCCACAGGACAUUUUGGGUGUAAGAAGACUGCGGCCAAUUUGCUGCAGCAGUUCUGGUGGCCCACGAUGAUGAGAGAUGCCAAGUUGUAUGUGGAGACUUGUCAAGUAUGUGAGAGGGAGAAGCCACGUACACAGGCCCCUUUCGGGCUUCUUAAGCCCCUUCCGAUUCCGGAAAGGCCCGGUGAGAGCCUGCCCAUGGAUUUCAUGGACACAUUGGUCACCGACAAGAGUGGAAUGAGACACAUAUUUGUCAUUGUGGAUAGGUUUAGUAAAUAUGCUAGAUUAGUGGCAAUGCCUGAAACAGCGAAAACGGAGUAUGUGAUUAGACUCUUCAAGGAGAACUGGGUCAGGGACUUUGGGCUUCCUACUGGCAGUCAGAUGAGGAGUCCCGAGUGGGACUACAGUAAUUGCAGAAAAAUGGAGCAGCCCCUCUCACCAGUAAUAGGCAAAGGUUGCUCACAAAAGGAGACCAUACAGGAUGAUCCUCUCGACGAUCUCACUGGUGUUGAUCUGGUUCCAAAGACAGCCACGACACUGACCAAAGAAAUGUAUCAAAGGUACCUGAGUGCAGCGUCAACAGAUUUUGAUCCCUGGUUUGGCACUGGUCUCCUUCCUGGUACUGUGGAAACCAGCGAGGCGAACAAGAGCUAUGCCUGGCUGUGUCAGGAUCUCUCUACCAAGUUGAUGAGCUUUCAUGCAGAGUCUUCUGGCUACUAUCAACCUGUGAGCUUGACUGAGGGGCUAGGUGACCUAAGCAGCAUCAUGCCAAACAAUAGAGACGGGAUCCAUUGCCAGUAUGGGAACCUUGGCAGCAUUUUUCCUGAAGGUAACAUGCUGGGUGGGACAGAGUACGACCCAUUGUUCUCUCUUUGGGGGGGGCGUGACAGUGAGUCAUCACUUUGUACAGCACAGUGCUAGUUGACAGCAUGCUCACUUGGGUUUGAUUGACUGUAAGCAUCAGCAGUUUCUGGCCAAGAAGCUGUGAGUUAUUGGCGAUUCUAAUUCUUCUGAAAAAGAGUGCGUAGGUGCAAGUGUCCUUGAGAGUGCAGCAUUGAGGCAUGUCCUUCUUCUAGGAAACACAAGGUGGUGUUUUUCAGACCUUUUCUGCGACAGAGCAUACCUUUCAAGGGAUGCAUUUGUUUAUUUUCCAUGCAUGCGAUCUGCCUGGGACUUCAUCCUUCUCCAAAGAAGUUCCUAUAUUGGCAGGUUUGUUUUUCCCAGGAUUAUUUUGUUAAGGGCCUGAGCAUGGUUUAAUAGAUUGCCCGUUAGGAGGAAGGGAGCUUUCUCUCUGUGUGUGUGUGUGUGUGUGUGUGUGUGUGUGUGUGUGUGUGAGAGAGAGAGAGAGAGAGAGAGAGAGAGAGAGGACAGACAGGUGUUGCAGGAUUCAUAGGCUGACGAGAGAGAGAGAGAGAGAGAGAGAGAGAGAGAGAGAUUUGACCAUUCGAUCUCUGAAUCAUAGACAGCUUCGUCAGCAUUGGAGCUAAGAAGAGUCUUCUAAAUCUUGCUAUGUUAAGAAGGUUAUGCUGUUGUGUAGAAGCAGCUUAAAACUUGCCGAAGGAUUCAGCACUAGUGCCACAGCUAUGCCUCGUUGGCAGUUGCGACUUACAAGCCAUGCAUCAGUGUGACCACUUGCACACAUGGGUUACUAUCCUGUGUUUUAAUGUGGAUUUGCACAGCCAGAUUUUAAGCAAUGCACUGAAGCCAAGGUUGGAAGGUGUUUGAAAAUCCAGGGGUCUUGCUACAUGAGGCAGUGAUUGUGGUGGAUAUAACGCGAACCUGGUCAGCAUUCUGACCUUAUUCAUGCUGGACAUGCUUGUUCAUAACUCCGUGGCACAACCCCAAGUCCCAAGCUGACCCUGGUGCAGAAUUCCCAACAUCAACACAGGUGCACCCAAGGUUGUAUAGUCAAACCAGGACCGUUGUGAAUGUAGCCGGCCUCAGCCAGGACUGUCAUGAACGUAGCCGGUCUCAUCUUUUUGGUAGAAUUCAUUCACUGUAGUCCUGGCAUGAGUAUGAACUGAAAGAGAAGACUUGGGAUUUCAUCUGCUGCCAUGAUGACAUUUCACUGCUUUCUAGUGCAGAUACACGUACAGUUCUGCUUUCUGGAUAUAGCAGUUUGUCCUCUCGUCCACUUGCCGAUCCCUGCUCCUUCAGGUUUGUUGCCUCCCGACACAGCUUCGCUGACUGGGGCUCUUUCUGUCGCUAUUGUGGUUUUACGUUUAGUUUGUUCAUUUGUUACUUCUUUUUGCUUUUCCCUCGUUAUGGCUUUUGCACCAGUUUGUAGUGAUUAGAGGAAGGGAAUGCCUUUGGCAAUGAGAUUGUAUGUAAGGGAGCUGCAGCGAGGGGGCUUCACGUUUACAGAAGAGGCAAAGAAAUAGGUAAAGAGUGUUUAGCCUGGAGCGGACAGUAGACCCAGUGCGAUGAUUCUAUGUUACUAUUGGUAUAUCUCGUCGCUUGAAUCGCCCUGGGUAACUAUUUGCCUCCCCCACAUGCCCUGUUGUGGAGGCCCGGGUCUAAUCAUCUUAGCCUGCUUUGCACGCUGUCUAUGCCACCCCGCGAUGCAGACUGUAUCUGGCGUGCAUACCUCCCUUCUGGGAGGCAUUUCCCUAACCAAGGGAGAGGUUUCGGUUCCAUCCACCGCAGGCAAUUGCGUUGGCCCUUACUCCUGGACUUCUGAAUGAGUCUUUCGUCAGGGAACGUGCUUAGGUUGCACACGAGAGAGAGAGAGAGAGAGAGAGAGAGAGAGAGAGAGAGAGAGAGAGAGAGAGAGAGAGAGGUCAGGUGUUGUUAUGACUGGAGUUCACCUGCUGUACGAUAAUUUGUGUUGAGAGGAUGAGUGAAAAGGUUUCCCAUUGGAUACUGGCCAGUGGGUGUGUUACAAGAGUUUUGGUGCCAGCCUGUGCAUGCAGACACUGCACUGUAUAUGAGAGUGAUGCGCAAGUUGGUAGCAUGCUUGCAACAAAUUGGAAAUGCCCAUGUGCAUCCUAAGGCAUGGCCAUGCUCAUCCUCAGGUAACAGAACCUGUUUUGUGGUUGUAUAAUUGCUGGGCCAUUCAUUCGCUGCAUUGUCUUGUGAACUCUGCCACCUCCACUGUUGCCGGAGCAAGCAGAGCUGCAUGAUUGAAUGGCUAGGUGGUUUCGGGUGGGGUUGGUGAUGACCGUCCAUUCUCUUGAACUGACUAUGCUGGAUGCAUACGCGUAUUGCAUAUGUCUGGAUACUUGGCCUCAAGUUCCAACCGGAUGCUCUCUCUGCGAGCUGGCUAUGCUGCAUGAUGUCAGGUUCUUGCGGAGAGGACAUCAGACAUUGGUGAUAUUUGCAGGCAGGUGGUUGUCACCGCCAUAAUGCAGAUGACUUGCAGUUUUGCUGUGUUGUCAAUUGGAGAGACUGCAGACUGGAGGUAUGGAGCACCAUGCUGGCACAUGGGAUCGGACAAACCGUGUGUCAGAUUUGACAGAUUGGUUCACCUCCACACCUGAUCAUUAUGUUGGUACAGGCUGUGCUGCAUGUGCCGUUUCAGUCAAGCGGCAUUGACCUGGAGAUGUUGUCUGGCCUCCAUACUGGACGACAAUGUUGGUCCAUCUGGGACGAUAUUUGUCGAUGUGGUUUAGUCUGGAGACCACAGCAUUGAUCCGCUGGUCCAGACACGUGGAGCUAGUUUCCAGAGUCCGCUAGUAAUUCUGAUACAGUUCCAGCUUGUCCGCACCAGGGGCUGUCCAUCUGGAGAGGCUGCCAGUCUUCCUGCCGCAUAUCAGGCAUUCAUUAUGGUGACACGGGCUUAAGAGUUGUCAUCGUCAAGGAUGCAGAUUCAGGCACAAUUGCCAGAUCUGGCAGUGUCUGGUUGAUGAUCCACUCGUUGCCAAUGCAGAAGAAGGCUGCGACAUAAGGCUGCUUGGAAGGUGCCUCACCACCAUCAUGCCUCCGCAUUCUUCCUCGUCUCCACCUCGUCCUUCAUCUUCUGCCCCGCCUCACCUCCUCUUCCUAUGAAUUCCAAGCCGAGAUAAUCCUGGUCCAUCAACACACAUCAUGGAAAUGCCCAUCUAUGGCCCAAGAAGGAAGUCAGGAAUGUGCUCCAUAAAGGAGUUGGGAGUGUGGUGCCACACGAGGUCCAACUCUGACACUUGGUUAUCAUCGGGUGGUAGUUGCACUUCCACGUCCACGUUGGAGCGCUGGACUGUUCUUGGGUAGUGGCCAUAGUGUGGGCCGAUUAGCUAAUGCACCAGUUUGUGUUAAGUAGUGGUGGCAUGUCAGACUUAUUCUGCAGGCCUGCACAUGUAUCAGUUUUUCUCCUCAGGGCAGUUUGCCUGAAUGAGCUCUUAUGUGACAGCCGGCUUUCCUUUCCUAUCCUGCUGAUAUGGGUAGUGGAUGGGUAAUUUGCUGCCUGUGGACAGUAUGUAGCCUGUACUCUGGGUCUCUGGUUAUAAGACGGUUUUAUGGGUGGUUAGUUUGGAACCGCAUCAGAGACAUUAUUAGUCUGCACUGAUCAGUCGUUCCUUUGAACAAGUGGUAGGUUGUUUCCAGAAGUUCAGGUAUAGUUUACCUGAGGUCGAGUGAAGAGGUGGGGGUGUUAUAGAGUUGCCCACGCAAAGACUUGACCAUACGCUGGUUUCACCUGCUCAGUCUUCAGUUGGAUGUGUGCAAGAUGUGAUAUUCUGCAUGCACGCACUCCAGUAGCCUCAUCGCUUGCACGUCUGGAUGUGGUGAGUUCCUUGCAAAUGCAUGAGAGGAAGAGGUACAGCUAGACCCCUCCACUGGGGGGUGCGGGGUGAUGGGUGAGGAGGAGGGAGAUGGAAGCUCUACAUGACUUCAGCAAAGGUGUACUCGAGAUUUGGCUUGUAUCAAGAUAGGCUUCAGCAGUGGGAAAAUGGCAGUGAAAAUACACACAUGUGAAUUGGUCAUAUAUUUCUACCGGUGGGCUUUUCUUGAGAGGUUUGAGUUUUUUGAGAAUGUCCGAGUCGACACGGAUAAGAUGUGAUUUGAGCUGUAUUAUAUACGAGUAUUAGUGUUGCAUUAGAGUGACAUUUUGCCAUGUGAGCACGUGGCAUUGUUUGUUUGGAAGUUUGCCUUUACUUCCAAUCAUUUCCGUCUCCUUUCUGCAAGCUUUGUGUUUUCCGUUUUCAGAGAGCCAAUUUGUUUUGGGAGUGUUGUAGGGGAGAAAGUUCGAGAAACACUUACAUGCCAGUUUUCGUGCUGUGGUGAUCAGUAGGAUGGCAGUUAUGCAAAUCUGGCGAAUGAGAAAGUUGAGAAUGUGUCAAUCAUUAAGUCGAUGCACGCGGAGACGAAGGUUGAGAAGGGAAAGGGUGGAUUGAAGGAAACCUCCAUGUUAGGGACGUUUGUUUGUGUAGCUUUUUGUGGUACUACGGAGUCAUUACUAAUCAUCAGCAAUUUUGACCCAUUUGUUUUCUUGCUUACAUUCUAUAUGUCCCCCUCUUAUAUAGAUAGGGUGGGGUGAAUGGUUAUUAUAUUAUAGCUUUUAUGUUUCCUUAGCGUAGCCUAGCUUGAGAUAGGCAGUUAGUGCUUCUCUGGAGGCAAGGGGGGAGUCUUUUACCUUCCUUGCCCACCGUAUUCUUCUGAGGAGGGAAAGCAUUUUUUUGUUUUCCGUUCACUUCUUUCCCUUAUGACCCUGCUGCAGGUGGGUACUGGAAAAAUGAUCAUUGGGAGGUUGCCAGAACAUAAAUAGAGCGAUAGAUAGUUAGGCACAAAGAAAGAAAGAGUGGUGGAUGCCAGGAAGGGAAGGGCGGGGCGAAGAAAGAGAGUUCCAUUUGGAGCACAUGGAGAUUAUAUAACAGGAGAUCCAUUUCUUUGCG